ACCUGUUGUGGUGUUGACAUCAACAGUUCUCAACACGUGGGCUUGAAAUCUACCUUUAACUUGUGUACCUUUGUUUGCAAAUCCCGCCAUAUUCACACCACUGCAAUCCCAAUGACCUCGUUGACCUGCAUGUCCCGGGCUUUUGCGGGCUUCAAUCGAGACCGAUUGAUGGACGUAUUUACGGACGUGACUUUUAGAAUCGCCAACACUGGCGAGACGCUUGGUGCACAUUCCGCGGUACUCGGGUCUUUGUCCCCUUGGAUCGCUCAAUACCGGGAUCAGAUCACGUGCUCCUGCUCAUCCAAGCCGUGUUGUCACGACAAGCCCCAUUUGGACAUUGUUCUCGUAGGCUAUGAUGCGUUCACGGUGGAGAAGAUGCUGGAGACCGUCUACACCGGGCAAGCUCAAGUGAAUGUGGCCACGGCCACGGCCAUUGAGCAACUAGGUUCUAGCUUAGGGCUUCGUUUAGCUGCCAGUCUCUAUCCAGAUGAAGCCUUGAGGGUGAGUACACCCGGCCAAGAACCACGUGAGUCCGGAUCAGUUGCGAUCCGACCUCUGAUCAAAGGACCCGAAUAUGAGAUCAAGAUGGAAACAGACCCUUUGGCAAUGACAGGGGUUGAUAUAGAUGAAUCCGAGUCGUAUUCUUCGAACCCCAAGAAAUCCGGUUUAAGGUGCUUCAAGUGCCAAGAGGUCCACAAGUCAAGCACAAAGUUAAAGUUCCAUUUAUGCCGCACUCACUUCAAGACGGCUCUGAUUGAAAAGUGUCAAGGCAAUACGGGCGAGUGCGAUAUUUGCGGCUACUUGUUCGCCGAUGUCGCCAGUACGGCCAUGCACUUGGGACUGAAGCAUGAUAAGAUCCGAGAUUUCGUCUCCAAAGACGACCAACCCGAGAUUUACAGUGACCAGGAGAAAAAUGUAUCACUUCAAUCCAUGAUAUUUGAGGAUGAGCAAUUUGCUUUGAGCAUGCUUCGAAAAACACUGAAUCAAACCAACCACCCCAUGGACCUAUGCAAUAUAUGUAUGAAAAGCCGAGGAAUCGGCUGCCAAAUCAAGACUCAUUUGAAUCGUCACUUUGGAUUUCUGUUGCUGAAUCGUCGAGAGUGGUUUGAGGAUCUGAAAUGCGGCAUCUGUUCAACCACACACUCAUCCAAGUUCCAUUUAACAUAUCAUUUGGGCUUCGUUCAUAAGAAAUUUGAGGCACUUGCCAAUGCCACUAGCGCAUCGCGUAUCACGUUUUUGGAUUGAUUAAUAAAGUGAAUAACGUUCAACCUUUA